AUGUAUGCGGGACGCAAGAGGAGAAAACCAGUUCAGAGAGCGGUGAAGCAGUCAACAGCCGAAGGGGCCAAAUCCAACCCGUCCAAACGGCACAGAGACCGGCUGAAUGGAGAGCUGGAGCGCUUGGCCAGCUUGCUGCCUUUCCCUGAAGAGGUCACCGCCAGUCUGGACAAACUCUCCAUCCUCCGUCUGAGUGUCAGCUACCUGCGAGCCAAGAACUUCUUCUCUGUCGCCCUGAACAAUCGAAACGGAGUGACUCCAGACUGUGCGAAUGAUGACGACAGCAAAACAGCAGGAGUGGUGGAGUCCAAGAUCCCUGAGGGGGAACUUUUGCUGCAGGCUCUCAAUGGGUUUGUCCUGGUUAUCACUGCCAGCGGGACUAUCUUCUAUUCCUCUCACACCAUCCAGGACUACUUGGGAUUCCACCAGACGGACGUCAUGCAUCAGAGUGUGUAUGAGCUGGUUCAUACAGAGGACCAGCAAGAGCUCAGGAGAAACUUGCACUGGGCUUUGAAUCCUCCUCCUGCCACUGCAUCUAACAAUACCCAGGACUCUCCCCAAGAGAUAGAACCUGACAGCAGCUCAUCUCUGGUCACCUACAACCCUGAACAGCUUCCCCCAGAAAACUCGUCCUUCUUGGAGAGGAGCUUUGUGUGUCGUUUUCGCUGCCUGCUGGACAACUCCUCAGGCUUUCUGGCUUUGAACAUCCAAGGCAGGCUCAAGUUUCUGCAUGGACAGAACCAGCGGCAAGAAAACGGAGGAAAGGCCCCACCGCAGCUUGCCCUUUUUGCCAUCGCAACUCCUCUACAGCCUCCGUCCAUCCUGGAGAUCAGAACCAAGAACAUGAUCUUCAGAACCAAACACAAGCUGGACUUCACACCCUUAGCCUGUGAUGCAAAGGGGAAAAUAGUUUUGGGGUACACAGAGGCUGAACUGCGGGUACGCGGAUCUGGCUAUCAGUUCAUCCAUGCAGCAGAUAUGUUGUACUGUGCAGAGAACCAUGUCAGAAUGAUGAAGACUGGAGAGAGUGGUCUGACUGUGUUCAGGCUCCUCACCAAGGAGAAUCGCUGGAAAUGGGUUCAGGCUAAUGCAAGACUGGUAUACAAGAAUGGCAAACCAGACUACAUCAUCGCCACCCAGAGGCCUCUUUUGGAUGAAGAGGGAGGAGAACACUUGCGUAAGCGCUCCAUGCAUCUACCCUUUACCUAUGCCACAGGUGAGGCUCUGCUCUACCAGUCCAACCAUCCCAUUGCAGGCUUUAUAGAUGGAGGCCAUGAGAAAAAUGGCAGUAAGUCCAAGAAGAGCCGGACAGAAAGGCUGGUGAGGGAUGGUCUGGACCCUGGCUCCCUUCUCGGGGCACUUAUGAGUCAGGAUGAAUCGGUCUAUGUUUGCCAGCCUGCUCUGGAGCCCAAAAUGUCCUUCCAUGGCAGCUUCUUUGGAGAACAAAUUGGCUUCUCUGACUCAGAACCCUCCAGUUUGCACAGGAGCUGGGAUCAGGCAAGCAAUGGUGUGGUGGGUCCAGGCCUCACAGAGCCAAACAUAAGCUUUGACCCACUGCUGGCUACUUUGGACUCCCUCUCCUUGGAAAGCCAAGGUGUUGCAGAUGCAGAAGAGGGGAGCUGUUCAAAUGGUGAGCUGUUUGGAGCUCUGGAGGGGUUGGGGCUGAGUGCUGAGGAUCUGGAGCUGCUGUUGCUGGAUGAGCGGAUGAUCAGAGUUGAGAUGGACCCUGAACGUGUGCCCACUUUGGAUGACCUGCUGACAAAUGAUGAGAUCCUUUCAUAUAUAUACGACUCCAUAGAGGGAAAGAAUGAUUCCACAGAACAUGGAGAACAGAUGCCUCCUAGUACAGCCUCAGCGACAGCUACAACAGUGUCACUACCUGAGAGUAACCCCACAUCUGACACUAAUGUGCAAAUGCAGUUUCCUCACCAUAAGCCUCCCCUGGUGGGGCAGGCUCCCAUCGUCCAGCUGUCCCAGCAGAUGCAGCAGCACCUCAGCAUGCGAACGGGUAAAGUGGCACACGACUGGGGCCACCAGAAUGACCAUUUGGCAAACACAAUAGUUAAUGGGGAACUGCUAGGACAAAACCAAUCUAUUCCCAAUGGACAAUGGACAGCCCAAGACAUUCUAACCAGUGCAGGGAUACAACUGGAACACUUUAACACACAACAGACUAUUUUCACUGGCAAGGCAUCAGAGCUGGAUGGUGAGCUGCAUCAGCAGCAAACACAUCAACCCUACCUGCAGCAGCAGCAAUCCAGGAUGCAGAACCAACUUUCACAGCAGUACCAUGCCAAACAGAAGGCAGCCAACCUCAAUGGACUAUGUGGCAUCUCCAGCACAGAGCAUCCAGCUGGGAAAUCCCAGUGGCAGGACUAUGGAUUCAGUGAGAGUCUGGGCAGCAACCCCUGCCUUGAUAACAGCCAAAAACCUCUUACAAACACCUCACUGGAUUCUUGCAUGGAUUAUAGUAUGCGUGAUAUUGACAAUGCAGAUUACACAAUUAGUGGAAGUGGUUUGUUCGGAAGGAGUGGGCAACAGCACGGGGCAGAGUCCAUGGUUUCAUCCUUCCAGGGGAUGAACCACAAACUGCCGCAGGACCAGAUUCCAGUUCCUUUGGCCCAGGUAAUCUCCAGCCUGUCGCAGUGCCCUCCCCCCAACGCCUCCUUGGAGCAGAUCCUAGGUGUGGGCAAGCCCUGCCGGCAGCUGGACCAUUAUGGCAUGGUUACCUCAGAGAUCCCUCAUGAUCCCAAUCAUAGUAAGAUGGAGAAUGGCUGCAUCCUGAACAGUACUUACUCAGGGGGCUGUGCUCUGCCCAAUGGAAAUGAACCAGCGCCCCCUGCCGUCCAGAUACCUGGCCCUGAGACUUUGUCCAGCCUCCCUGACCCACCAGCCACCGGCUUCUACCUCUGACCAUCUGACCAGGAACAGUCAUGCAGCAGGACACUGUUAAUGGCCAGAAACACACAAUGACUGGACCAGCCUUAUACAGUCUAGAUACCAUAAUAAACAAAGCUGAAUAAAUGUAGGCCUAUAUGUUUUUCUUUUGUUUUUAAUUUGUCUUUUUUUUUGUGGGGUAGGGGGUCAUUGUGCAAGUCAAAUUAUCAUGAGUCCUUUGUUUACAAUAAUGCAGUCAAGAGUGCUCAGUUUAUUUAAAGUAAUACAGAGAGGUAAAUUUAGUUUUCAUGAAGCUGUGUGUUAUAAAUCUGUGUUCAGAUACAACGCAAAGCACAGUUUAGUUUUAGAUGCACCUUUUUGAAUAGCUUUCAAUACCAAUUAUUCACCAUUUAGUUUUAUAUUAUUAUGUCAUUUCAUGCAGAAUUUUGUUAUAUUUUGUAUAACAUGAAAGAUCAAGAUAACCCAUAAAAGAGAUGCUUGAAAACAUUUGGACUGACUGGAUGUUAUCGGUGGGUCAAUGACUGAUACCACUUUACCAACAGAAGCUGAAUAUAACCCAGAUUAAGGUCAAUUACUUCACAUCAAUAUAGUCAUUUUCCAAGCAAAACUACUAAGCAUUUCAUGGUUCCAAGUUCUCAGAUGUCAGGAUUUGCUGCUUUUCUUUGUCAUAUAUGUUAGUAAACUGAAUGAAGACUUUUAGACUGUUUGCUGGACCAAAACAAGACAGUUAAAGACAUUUGAAGAUGUCAUGCUCAGCUCUGGGAAAGAUUUUCUGACAUAGACAAAUAACCAGUACAUUAAUCAGUAAUGAUUAUAUUAGUUGCAGCCAUAAGUCGUGAGAUGCAAAAACAAACAGAUGCAGAUAAACUGAGGCAAAGACGGGAUGUUGUAUGUCUCUAGUUCAUGAAUGUAGGAGGAGGCUCUCGAAAAGUAUCUGACCGAGCAUCAAAUGCAGCUCAGUGUCUUGUGAGUUUAUUUUUCAUCAGAUAUCUCUAUAAUUGGGAGCUAGGGUUAGGACAAUUUGCAUUGCUUUGUAUCUGAAGGCACCAUAUAACACACACACACACACACACACACACACAAACACACACUCUAUCCCCCAUCAGUGUAACUCCCAACUUGAUUACAGAUUUUUGGUACUGGCUGUCGAAAAGAACAUCAGCACCGCUCGUAGAUUUUCAUCAUGCAACAAGAAUGUAAUCUUUCAUUGUUCAGUGAUAUCCUUGUUGAACAGUUUUUAAUUGUCAACAAUGAGAUUAAUCCGUUAUAUAUGUUUGAAAAAAGUAUAGAAUAUGGAAAUUAUGGCUAGAAAUAUCCUGCACUUUAUUUCCAGCACCCACUUAAUGCAGAUCUGUAGUCAGGGAUGCUGGGGUUCUAAAAACAACAGACCCUGUUUUUUGUGAUUAGUUUUUAUUUUAUUUAUCUUUGAGGCUACUGAUGCAAGAUGGUGCCGUUUGCUUUUUUCUGUUACUUUGAGGUACAUUUCAGGUGAUGGGUUAAUGUCCUCACAAGCACAAACACUCCUGUACAAUUGUCAAAUUUUUCAUCAUUCUCCAUUUGAUUUUUUUUUUUUUUUUCAACAAUGUUGCUAAUCUUGGACAUCUGGAUGAGUUUUAUUUCUUUUUUGUCUUCAUUAAAACUUGAUUGGGAGAAGUCACUUAAUUUGAAUUUUCAAUAUUUAUUCAUGUCCUACAGGAAGUGAGCAUUCUGGAUUGUUUUUGAAGUUUAUAUGUAAGACAUUUUCUUGUACAAAAAAACAAAACAAACAAACAGAAAAAAGAAAGAAAGAAAGAAAGAAAAUGUUAUUCUCUCACUAAGCAAUGGUUGCACUUGCUCUCCCGGAGGGAAUAAGUGAAAUCUUUUUACAAUGAAUCCACACCCAAAUCCAUUACAGUACAAUCAAACCCAAGUUUUUAAAGAAAAAGUCUGACGUUAUAGGAAGGGAGUGAAUAUAUACAGACAUACUGGAUGCACAGAUGUGAAAUAAUAUCAAUUUUCUUACCUGAUUUGUUGUCUGAGAUAGAAAACAAAAAUUAUUUCCCCAAAAUGUCAGACUUUUCCUUUUAAAUGCAAAAAACUUGGUGCUAUAUCAGGUCAGUAAUUUCAGGUCUACACAGCAUCUUGGAGCAGUUACUGAAUGGCAAACACUGAAAAACCAAAUGUGAGUAUUAAAGAGAGAUCUCCACUGGAAGGAUACAGUUCUGAAUGUUUCUUGUACAUAGUAAAAUGAGAAAUGAUGCAGAGUACAAUUAUUUCAUCAAGAAAAGAUGCUGAAAAGAGAUUUCCAUUUAAUUGUUCAAACAAUGUCAUUACUGUUGUUAUUAUUGUUAUAUGUUUUAUGUUGAAAUGUGAUACACACGUGGUUACAUGUUAUUCGAAUUGACUUUUUUUCUUCCCCAUUCUUUUUUCUACAGCAGAAAUGUUUGCUAUAUUUAAUAUGAUUGAUGUGACUUAUUAACAAUGUGAAAAAAGAUGUGUAUAUAAAAGCAGAAAGCUUUGACAGAUACAGGUAUGUACAUAGUUUUACGUCAAGUCACUUGUUUCAAGCACUAUUUUUAAAACACAUGCUUAUCAAACUCCUUUGUUGAUUUUUUUUUUUCUCUUUUUUUAAUUGUAAAUAGUACUCUCAUCACAAAACAACACUGGACUCUAUGACAGCCUGAAAAUGGUGCCAUACUUGACUUGUUAAAUAGGCUAUAAUGUUGGAGAGUUUAAUUUUGUCUUUUUGCUUAGCCACAGUAACUUUAACAUGCUAACAGGACAAGGUGUAGAUGUUGCAGAUUUGACCUACGUCCUUUGACUGCUUGUUUCAAAUGUAUUAUUUUCUUCCUUUGAAAUAAAGGAUUUCUUAAAUGGACACACAGUGGAAAAACACCAACAUUUUGCAAGCAUUAGAACUCUGACCACUCCUACAUCUCCCUCUCUGAGUCCUCCAGUUUUGUAUUCACUUGGACAGUAAACAGCAGGGGGCGUCCAACCUGUGUCAGUGACUCCUAACUGUGGACCCCUGACAUGUAAAGGUGCUAUGUGUAGCAUUUUAACAUCAAUAAAUCAU